CAUCACUUCCGAGGAACCAUACUUCGUUUAUCGACAGCUUCACUUUCUGCAUUACUCAAUCUUGUCCUUCGAAUUACUUACGGCCGGCGUGGCGGCUAUCUGGACCUCGCGGUGAAGCUUCACUUGGCUGAUCAGUCGCCUCAAUUCUCUCUCAAGACCUUGCUUCUCCAUCAGCAUAAUAACCACAUCUCCAUCUGCAUCUCACGAGUUCUGGUGCUCUCGAGAUCAUCACGACACCCUGUCACUGCAGUGCCGACACCACCAAUCCGUACUUAGACGAUAACAAACACCCACCAUGUCGAUCAUAUUCAUGCUCAAGCGCGCCAACUCCGGCAACCCGGAGGCCAAAGGUCGUCUCUGCGUCGGCUACCGCUCCCGCGACUGGACGCCAGUAUGGUACGAGCCCAUCAUCGCAACGGGCGAAGACGGCGAGGACAUCGUCCAGGCCGACAACACGGCAGAGGUCGCGCUGUUCACCGGCUCAACGGACACGGGCGCCGGAGACGAGUUCCGUGGCCCCAUGCUCGGCGAAGUGCAAUGGCUUCCUCACUACGACCCGGCGAAGUGCGAGUCCAAGUCCGCGAAGGAGAGGGAGGACAUGCAGAAGCAGUUUUUGUACGACUGCCAUAUGUAUCUGCGGGAAACGGAUGGGGAGAGGGUGAGGGAGAUGGAGACUGAGACUGCGCCGAGAGGGUUGAAGAAUGAGCAGUGGCCGAAGUGGAGGUCGUGGUUCGAGGAGGCGAAGAAGUGGAAGAGGAAGAUGAUGGCGCGGCGGGCGGCAACGAGGAGGGUGAGAGAGAAGAGGGCGCGGGCCGGCAAGGGCGAGCUGGAGUAUGAUUCCGAGUUGAGUGAGGAUGAUUCGGCUUAUGAGACGGAAGGGGAGGCGGAGAGGUCGAGGGACCAGGUUGAGAUGGCUAAGGCGGAGCGGUCGAGGGCUAGGAGGGAGGGGAAAGGGAGGAAGGGCAAUAUGGGCCCGCCGGCGAAGCCAACCUCGAGAAUAUACGGAAAGCGUAAGGCGGCAGCCAAACCGUCCGGACGUGCGAAGCCCGCGGCGAAAAAGUCGAGGUCCACAGCCCGAGGCUUCUCUCAGGGUUCAAGCCAGUACGCGGACUCCACGGAUGAUCUGUUGAUGAGCGGUGGCUUGCAGGGCGGCGAUGUUCCAAUUCUUCUAGGAAUGAGCAACGGCAGCACAGCGAGCGAGGCCGAGGAUGAGGAUGAUGAUGAGGACGAAAGAAUGACGGUCGAAAGAAGUGACUUCAUCGACCACCACUCAACCCGCCCAUCCACGCCAGCAACCGAGCAGCCGCAGCAGGCCAACAAAAGCCAGUCCAUCGGCCUUGGCGGACUCCCGGCUCUCGGAUCAGACGAGGCCUUACGAGACAUAUCUCGCAUUACUCAGGACCGACGUAAUGAGCGUCUCCGCCAUUUCGAAGAGUGGAUCCAGGGCGCGGAACGCCCAUAUCCCACUGGACGAGAGAGCGUGCAACCGCGUGCCAGCAGCAUCAUGAGCUACGACGACGCGGCACGAGCGCAGCGAGCAGUUUCCGUCAAUGGCGAGAUUGAUGAAGAGGAGGCGUUGCGUAGGGUUUUGGAAUGGAGCACGCGGGAGGGAGAAGCUGCGGUGGUUGCAAAUGAUGAGAACAGGGAGGAAGGCAGCCAAGGUGGGGACGGUGAUGUGGAGGCUGAAGGCUGAAGGCUGAAGAUGGUGAAGCGGAUGGGGAGGAUGGUGAUGAUUGACCAAUGGACCGUGGAUCGACUGGUGGUCCGGGAGACGAGAAUAUCUCUUUGAUGGCUGAGCU